GGCCCGCUGAGGUUCCCUCGCGCGGGUCGGCGGUGCGCUCUUGCUCGCCACAGUCUGCGGCGACGGCAACUUCGGGACUUACUUGGUGCUUCCUGCCGCCGUGGAGAACACCCGCUCGACUGAGGCCCUCCCGGGACUCCAAGUGUAUCUUCUUAUCUGAAAAAGUCUCCCAUGAAAACUUCGCUUUUAAAAAUAAAUAAUGCCAUCUGUUUUCCUAAAAGACUGAAGUGGGGGCUAUCAUUUCAAGGGCCCCAUGGUUAUAAAUGUGCUUCAGUUUCAUAAUGCCUCCUGCUAUGGCAGACAUCCUUGACAUCUGGGCAGUGGAUUCACAGAUAGCAUCUGAUGGCUCCAUACCUGUGGAUUUCCUUUUGCCCACUGGGAUUUAUAUCCAGCUGGAGGUACCUCGGGAAGCUACCAUUUCUUAUAUUAAACAGAUGUUAUGGAAGGAAGUUCACAAUUAUCCAAUGUUUAACCUCCUUAUGGAAAUUGACUUCUAUAUGUUUGCAUGUGUGAAUCAAACUGCUGUAUAUGAGGAGCUCGAAGAUGAAACAAGGAGGCUCUGUGAUAUCAGACCUUUUCUUCCAGUUCUCAAAUUAGUGACAAGAAGUUGUGACCCAGGGGAAAAAUUAGACUCAAAAAUUGGAGUCCUUAUAGGAAAAGGUCUGCAUGAAUUUGAUGCGUUGAAGGAUCCUGAGGUGAAUGAAUUUCGAAUCAAAAUGCGCAAAUUCAGUGAAGAAAAGAUUCAGUCUCUUGUGGGAUUGUCUUGGAUGGAUUGGCUAAAGCAGACAUAUCCUCCAGAACAUGAACCGUCAGUUCUUGAAAACUUAGAAGACAAACUUUAUGGAGGAAAACUCAUUGUGGCUGUUCAUUUUGAAAAUCGUCAGGAUGUGUUUAGCUUUCCCAUAUCUCCUAACAUGAAUCCUAUCAAAAUAAAUGAAUUGGCAAUCCAAAGAUGUUUGACUUUUCAUGGGAAAGAAGAUGAAGUUAGCCCCUAUGACUAUGUGUUGCAAGUCAGUGGGAGAGCAGAGUAUGUGUUUGGUGAUCACCCACUAAUCCAGUUCCAGUAUAUCCGGAACUGUUUAAUGAAUAGGUCCUUGCCCCAUUUUAUACUUGUGGAAUGUUGCAAGAUCAAGAAGAUGUAUGAACAGGAAAUGAUUGCCAUAGAGGCUGCCAUAAAUCGAAAUUCAUCUAACCUUCCUCUUCCUUUACCACCAAAGAAAAUGAGAAUUAUUUCUCAUAUUUGGGAAAAUAACAACCCUUUCCAAAUUGUCUUAGUUAAGGGGAAUAAACUUAACACAGAAGAAGCUGUAAAAGUUCAUGUCAGGGCUGGCCUUUUUCAUGGUACUGAACUCCUGUGUAAAACCAUUGUAAGCUCAGAGAUAUCAGGGAAAAGUGAUCACAUUUGGAAUGAACUACUGGAAUUUGAUAUUAGCACUUGUGACCUUCCACGAAUGGCUCGAUUAUGUUUUGCUGUGUAUGCAGUUUUGGAUAAAGUGAAAACAAAGAAAUCAACUAAAACUAUUAAUCCCUCUAAAUAUCAGACCAUCAGGAAAUCUGGAAAAGUGCAUUAUCCCGUAGCAUGGGUAAAUACCAUGGUUUUUGACUUUAAAGGUCAGUUGAGAUCUGGAGAUACAAUAUUGCACAGCUGGUCUUCAUUUCCUGAUGAACUUGAAGAAAUGUUGAAUCCAAUGGGAACUGUUCAAACAAAUCCAUAUACUGAAAAUGCAACAGCUUUGCAUAUCAAAUUCCCAGAUAAUAAAAAGCAACCUUAUUAUUACCCUCCCUUCGAUAAGAUUAUCGAAAAAGCAGCUGAGAUUGCAAGCAGUGAUAGUGCUAAUGUAUCUAGUCGAGGUGGAAAAAAGUUUCUUGCUGUUCUGAAAGAAAUCUUAGACAGGGAUCCCUUGUCUCAACUGUGUGAAAAUGAAAUGGAUCUUAUUUGGACUUUGCGACAAGACUGCAGAGAGAAUUUCCCACAGUCACUGCCAAAAUUAUUGCUGUCAAUCAAGUGGAAUAAACUUGAGGAUGUUGCUCAGCUUCAGGCACUACUUCAGAUUUGGCCUAAACUGCCACCCCGGGAGGCCCUGGAGCUUUUGGAUUUCAACUAUCCAGAUCAGUACGUGCGAGAAUAUGCUGUGGGCUGCCUGCGACAGAUGAGUGAUGAAGAACUCUCUCAGUAUCUUUUACAACUGGUGCAAGUUUUAAAAUAUGAGCCUUUUCUUGAUUGUGCCCUGUCUAGAUUCCUGUUAGAAAGAGCACUUGCUAAUCGGAGGAUAGGGCAGUUUCUGUUUUGGCACCUUAGGUCAGAAGUACACAUUCCUGCUAUCUCAGUACAGUUUGGUGUCAUACUUGAAGCAUACUGCCGGGGAAGUGUAGGGCACAUGAAAGUGCUUUCCAAGCAGGUUGAAGCACUUAAUAAGUUAAAAACUUUAAAUAGUUUAAUCAAACUGAAUGCAAUGAAGCUAAACAGAGCCAAAGGGAAAGAAGCUAUGCACACUUGUUUAAAACAGAAUGCUUACCGGGAAGCCCUCUCUGAUCUACAGUCACCUCUGAACCCAUGUGUCAUCCUCUCAGAACUCUAUGUUGAAAAGUGUAAAUACAUGGAUUCCAAAAUGAAACCUUUGUGGCUUGUGUACAACAACAAGUUUGGUGAGGAUUCAGUUGGAGUGAUUUUCAAAAAUGGUGAUGAUUUACGGCAGGAUAUGUUGACACUCCAAAUGCUGCGCUUGAUGGAUUUACUCUGGAAAGAAGCUGGUCUGGAUCUUCGGAUGCUGCCUUAUGGCUGUUUAGCAACAGGAGAUCGCUCUGGCCUCAUUGAAGUUGUGAGCACCUCUGAAACAAUUGCUGACAUUCAGCUGAACAGUAGCAAUGUGGCUGCUGCAGCAGCCUUCAACAAAGAUGCCCUUCUGAACUGGCUUAAAGAAUAUAAUUCCGGGGAAGACCUGGACCGAGCCAUUGAGGAGUUUACCCUGUCCUGUGCUGGCUACUGUGUAGCUUCUUAUGUCCUUGGGAUUGGUGACAGACAUAGUGACAACAUCAUGAUAAAAAAAACUGGCCAGCUCUUCCACAUUGACUUUGGGCACAUUCUUGGAAAUUUCAAGUCUAAAUUUGGCAUUAAAAGGGAGCGAGUGCCUUUUAUUCUUACCUAUGAUUUCAUUCAUGUGAUUCAACAAGGAAAAACAGGGAACACAGAAAAGUUUGGCCGGUUCCGCCAGUGUUGUGAGGAUGCGUAUCUGAUUUUACGACGGCAUGGGAAUCUGUUCAUCACUCUCUUUGCACUGAUGUUGACUGCAGGACUUCCUGAGCUCACAUCAGUUAAGGAUAUACAGUAUCUUAAGGAUUCUCUUGCCUUAGGGAAAAGUGAAGAAGAAGCACUAAAGCAAUUUAAGCAAAAAUUUGAUGAGGCACUCAGGGAAAGCUGGACUACUAAAGUGAACUGGAUGGCCCACACAGUUCGGAAAGACUACAGAUCUUAGCGAUCAGCCUUUGCUCCUGUAUCCGUUGGUUUCAUUUUAGUUUUCAUUUUGCACUUGCACUAAAUUGAACACAACCCUGCCACAGAUGUUAUAAAGGGAAUGAAAUCUGGAAGUAAGAGUUAAAUUAAGAACAAGG